GACAAUGUAUAAUUUUAGUUAGGUAAAAGACAAACUUCUAAGAUCAAAUUGCCCGUCCUUAAAUAUACCAAAAAGCUCAUAAGAAUAAGCUAGCAGCCUUGCAUGAUUCCAAGAUAAAAGCUUAACAACACACGUAGUUCUUCUUUCCAGCAUCAUGGAAGUGGUUGAAGAAAAAGGCCCUGCAAAUGGGAAAGAAGAUUACACUCAAGAUGGUACAGUAGACCUAAAAGGUAGACCUGUUUUAAGAUCGAAGACUGGACGAUGGAAAGCUUGCUCCUUCAUAGUAGGGUAUGAAGUGUUUGAGAGGAUGGCUUACUACGGGAUAGCAUCAAACUUAGUGAUUUAUCUAACAAACAAGCUUCAUCAGGGUACUGUGGAAGCUUCAAACAACGUUAGCAACUGGGCAGGUUCGGUGUGGAUGAUGCCACUUGUAGGAGCUUACAUUGCCGAUGCUUAUUUUGGCCGCUAUUGGACCUUUGUAGUUGCAUCAUGCAUUUAUCUCUUGGGAAUGUGUUCGUUGACUCUAGCUGUCUCAGUAACAUCUUUGAGGCCACCAGAAUGUGCACGAGGAGUUGCAGACCAAAAUUGCCCCAGGGCGUCACCCUUGCAAAGGGGUGUAUUCUUCCUUGCCCUAUACAUCGUUGCUGUAGGAACAGGAGGAACCAAGCCCAACAUUUCUACAAUGGGAGCAGACCAAUUUGACGAGUUCGAGCCUAAAGAGAGGACCUAUAAGCUUUCCUUCUUCAAUUGGUGGUUUUUUAGCAUUUUCCUUGGUACCCUUUUCUCCAACACUUUCGUAAUCUACAUACAAGACAGAGUCGGUUGGACCGUAGGAUAUGGCCUUCCUACCGCUGGGCUUGCAGUUUCAGUAUUGGUGUUUCUGGUAGGAACUCCAUUGUACAGGCAUAAAUUGCCCUCCGGCAGCCCUAUAACUAGAAUGCUCCAAGUCUUUGUGGCGGCUAUGAGAAAGGGGAUGACAAGGGUACCAGAAGAUCCAAAAGAGCUACAUGAGUUAAGAAUAGAAGAGUAUGCAUCCAACGGGAGAAAUAGAAUUGAUCGCAGCUCUUCCUUGAGUUUCCUAGACAAAGCGGCUACGAAGACAGGCCAAACUUCACCGUGGAUGCUUUGUACAGUGACACAAGUUGAGGAAACCAAACAAAUGACAAAAAUGAUACCUAUUUUGAUUACAACACUUAUCCCAAGCACAUUGCUAGUUCAAUCGACAACACUCUUCGUUAAACAAGGCACCACGCUAGACAGAAGAAUGGGACCACAUUUUGAUAUCCCUCCGGCAUGUCUCACGGCAUUUACAACUAUCUUCAUGCUUAUAAGCAUUGUAGUGUAUGACCUUGCUUUUGUGCCCAUGAUCCGGCGAUACACAAAGAACCCCAGAGGAAUCACACUGUUUCAGAGACUAGGAAUUGGCCUAGUGUUGCACAUUGCUAUAAUGGUCACUGCAUGCUUGGCUGAGAGGAAGAGACUCCGUGUUGCAAGAGAAAACAACCUCUUUGGCCGGCAUGAUACAAUUCCCCUCACUAUUUUUAUUCUCCUCCCUCAGUUUGCCUUGGCUGGGAUUGCUGAUAACUUUGUUGAAAUUGCCAAGUUAGAGUUCUUCUAUGAUCAAGCACCAGAAGGCAUGAAAAGUCUCGGAACAUCAUAUUUUACAACCAGCUUGGGUUUAGGAAGUUUUCUAAGUACUUUCCUUCUUUCAAUCGUCGCUAAAAUCACCCAGAGACAUGGUCACAAAGGUUGGGUUUUGGAUAACCUAAACAUCUCUCGUUUAGAUUAUUAUUAUAUGUUCAUGGCAGUACUAAGCUUGCUCAACUUCCUUUGCUUUCUGGUUGUUGCCAAGUUAUUUGUAUAUAAUGUUGAUGUCAGACAAAACAAAUCAAGUUUGGAGAUGAACCCAGCUACAUCUCAGAAUAGUGCUAGAAUAAGCAAAAAUACUCCACAACAAGAUGCUAACUCGUAGGGAAACAUGACCGUCAUUCCUUCCUUCUAUUCGCCUUUUAGUAAAUAAGUAGCUUCAUAUUUGUAUUGCCGUGGUUCAUCUCUUGCUAUCCCCAUUUUCGCGAUUAAAUUUGAAUGCAGUGGUCUUUCCUUGUUUAGAAACAUUAACAUUGUCAUAAAGAGUUUUACAUCAAUAAUAAAGAACUUCUACGGAGAAAAACUAUGUAAAGACAUCUUUUAUUGCACAGAAUAAUUAAGAACAUUAGUGCAGCCUAUCCUUUGCAUUUAAGUAUUCCUAGAAAACCUUUGGGCUUCAGCCAUUAUAUGUUAAAAGGACCAGCAUAUGCUAGAAUAUCUUCCAUGUAUGUAAUUUGAUACUUACAGCAAAAGAGGCAAAAUAUUUAUUAAAAAAAACCAAGAAUGUAGAAUAAAUUCUGAUAACUCUUGAAGUUAGGCAGAGAAGAAAAUAAUAAUUUAAUAGUUUAUCAGAUGACUUGGGUAAGAGACUUCUUAUGAUCUAAUCUCAAAAUGUUUAUGAUCUAGUUAAUUCAAAAUAUUAACAACCUAGAUAACAACUAAGUAUAUUCCAUGCCAUGUCACUAGUACAUGAUGAAGUGAAAGCAUACAUGAAGCGACGAGUGAAAGUGCAUGAUUCAGGGGACAGCGGCUUGGCGUCUGACUGACCAGAAAAUUCUGCUAUUUGAGGUUUGUUUCGUCAAAAAAUCUCGCCAUGAAUAUUCCUAAUGGCAGCGGCAGACAAUGUGAAGGCC